CAGCGCGAUGAGUUCCGGGGCAUGAGUUGCAAGCGACAAAACCACACGGGAAAAUGGUUUUGUUUGUACAUGCGCACUGGCCCAACUCCCAACGAUGUGGGGUGGGAAUUUUCCGCGCGAUGAGUUACCGCUGAGUUGCCACACGGCCGGAGCUGGAUGGAAAAGGAUAUCGCCACGGCCAGUCAGCCGUACAAAGCUUCGGGACGGUCCGCUCGGGCUAGGAGUUGUGCUCGGGAGUUCACCGUGGCAGGACGGAUCACGCGGAGCCAUGCAGCCAUACACAGCAGACAGCAGGCAGGCACACACACGUCCAUAGGAAGGUCUACACAAGCAGAGAUUUGGAAGGUGCCAGGUGUGCGUUUGCAAAAACCUUCCCGGGUGAGAUAACAGAUUCUUCAAAAAAAAAGAAACAAAACAAAAAAUCUAGCCCACACAAAACGGCAAAAUCCUGGCAGCGGUUUUUUUUCCUGUGCUGGCACGUGUUGUUUGGCUCGGUUGUGAAAGUUUCGGCACUUGAUUUGGCAACAAAUCGAUCGAGCGUGGGCACACAAACUGUGGCAUGCAGAAAACACGCUUAAAUCCUUAAUCGAUAAGGUGAAAAUGUGAAAAUCAAGGAUCUAGGAAUGGAACGUCGUUGAACAGUGUUGCCGAAAAGAAGGAACGGCCUCUGUCCCGUGCGCGUGAAGAGAUGUACUUCAUCUCAGUGAGCGCGUUGCCAGCGCGUUGCUGUAAUGGGCGAUGGGACAUAUCCAAGCGGCCAAACACGCCCGGUCGGGUUGACGCCGACCACCAGUGCGGUGUUUAGUGUUGUUUUCGCGACGGUCGGUAGUGGUGCCGCAGUGCCCAGUGCUCUUGUUGAGAACGUGCUACACAGUGUCUGUUUUGACUCUUUAAAGCAGCGGCUUCGACCGUGCCACAAUAAAUCGAGCAUCGAGGAUUAGGGCAACCGACUGGUGAACGCUGACUUUAUGGACCACUUGUUCGAAUCGCUUCCGAUUCAAUACUGCCGCAGUCGCUAUCGCAAAUCGCUCUUGAUUGGCUGCCACCCCUAGUUGUUGCGCCAAAGGAAGACGUGGGGGGAAUUUUAGAUAAAACCCAUCCAAACGACCAGUUGGACGCAGUUGGACAGAACUAGUGCUUUCGUGGUGUGUGUGAUAGUAAAGUUUUGGAUCUUGCUUGUCUCAGCAAAUCCCAAUCCCUCCUCGUGGGUGGUUUUUGGCUGGGUGGUACAAGCGUUGUUGGGAAAAUCGAAGAAAACAAAACCCCAUCGAAGACAGCAAGGACCGGCAAACAGGGGACAGAAAUAAAUAAAAGUGUAGCAAGCAGUGGAUCGUGUGCGUUGUGCGUCAUAUGCGUAACACGCGAAGCAAAAACAAAGCAAUUCAAAAUCGAAUCAAUGUGUACGAGCGCUGUCUUGACACACCAUCACAGCACUGACACAGAAGACACCGAAAGGGAGAGAAAAAAGGGGGAGGAAAAUGUUAAAUUACCCCAUCUUUAACGAUUGAAAUCGUUUGCAGUGAAGCAAAACGCUGUCGACUGUUCGCUGCUCAUUACAAGUGUAAGGAGUGGGUCGGACAAAUAACGCAAACGGCGCAAAGUGAAGCAAAGUGAGUGAGAUAAAAAUAAAUCCUACCGUUUUCCACCACGCCAGGGUAUGCCAGUGCAAGAUCACUUUUAUGACACAUCUCGUGCAAUCGCGUGAAGAGCAGAACAAAACGCAAACUCGAGGUCGUGAUUUCGUGUGUCGUCGUGGAACCAGCAAGCCGCAAGUGAUAUUUGAAAUAAAAUCGGUGUCACAUUUUAUUACCCAACCGGUGUGUUAAAGUGCGUGCGUGUGUGUGUGUGUUUAUAUUUAUAUGAGCGUUUGUUAUUGUUAUUUUCGUUGUGCUAACACACCGACCAGUUCCAACGCUUGAUCGCCGGGUGCAAGCAAAAAGCAAUCAAAAUUGCACGCAAACUCAUCAUGGCCUUACAGAAGAAGUUUUCCAGCAACGAUAUGGAGCUGAUAUCGAUCAACAAAGUUAAUAAUAAUGGUGGCGGCGGUGGGGGUGGAGCAGGUGGCAGCGGGCCACCGAGUGCCACCGAUCCGAACGGCAACGGGCUGUCGAGCAUUAUGAGCGUCGGUGGGAUCGGAGGGGGCAGCGGCAGCAACAACAACAGUGUGAAAAUGCCAUCGAAAAAGAUCCAGUUCAGCAAUCCCGAGUUUAGCAUUACGCCGAUCGAAACACUGCCGGGCAGCACGGUACGGCCAGCGCCGAGUCGGCGAAGGGAGGAAGCGAUCGUGAUGGCCAACCUUCGGAAGCGUGUCGCGGCCUGUGAUUUGAACAAAAACGUACGCAAACCGGGCGGCCCUGGUGGUGGUGCUGCUGCUGCGGGGACGUCAGGUGUAAAUCUCGAUGACAUCAGCAUCAAUGACACAGGGCAAACGCAGGACGCGCUCGACAAUCGUCCCCUGCUGCCGAAAUCGACACCGACCGAACAGCGCAAGGACCGGUCGGGCGGCAAGCAGAACGGGACGGACGCUGCCGGAGCGUCGACCAGUGGUGGUGGUGGUGGUGGUGAAGACUCGCCCAAGGUAAAGAUCGUGAUGGACAAGGAGUUCAUCUUCGAGUGUCUGUGCUGGCACAACGAGUACCGGAUGCGGCACGGGGCGCCCGCGCUGAGCGUUUCGUCCGAGCUGUGCGAGUACGCGAAACAGUGGGCCAACCAUCUGGCGAGCACGAACGAGCUGUACUACCAGAGCGGCACCAACUAUGGGCAGAACAUCUUCUGCUGCCCUGCCAACAGCCUGCUGACGGACCUUUCUGGUCAAGAGGUGGCCACGUACUGGUACAGCACCAGCCGACGGUACGACUACUUCAAGGAGCCCCAUCUGCUGCACACCAACGUCAACACCGGCCACUUCUCGCAGAUGGUGUGGCGGGCCAGCCGGUACUUCGGCGUCAGCAAGUCCAUCUCCAAAACGGGCAAGCUGUUCGUGGUCGCGUACUACUACCCGGCCGGCAACGUUAUGGGUGAGUUCCGACCGAACGUGCUGCCCCCGAUCGUGACGAACGAUCAGGAGGGCGGUCAGCAGCCGGCCCACACCCUGUCCCGGCCACCAUCCGCCAAGGAUCUGGAGAAUCUGAGCGCUUCCCACUGAGUAAAUAAGAAACGGUGUUCCAUAAUGUAACAGAUAACGCACUUCCUGAGCAAAGCGCUAGCCGAGUGGAUGAAGUCGGUCACGGUGUGGCGGGGCGGUGGUGCCGGGGGAUAAUCGUUCCCCGAGCGCCGCCGAGAUGCCCCUUGCCCGCGCCGGCUAGAACACGAUGCUAAUGAGGCUCUUCGUCUGCAGCAGUUGUCGCGCACUUCUUCGUACGCAAAUCCUCCCAUGCACCUCAACCAUUCCCAGGGAAGGUGUUUGGUGAUUGAUGACGCUAAUGAUUGGAUCACUGUGAACGCCUCGAGAGGAUCUUGAUCCUGCUCGGGAAGAGUCUUCCAAACUCGAUUCAUGCUUACGCUUCUGACAAACUUCGAACUAGAACGUUCAAACACGUGAAAGAACUAUCUUCCAACAAGACGUCUUCUGAGUUCCAGCGUACUGAAAACCAUGUAUUAGUGAUAAAAAGGUUUAGAGCUCUUAUUUUCAGAGCUGGAAAAGUAUCAUACUUUUUUGUAGAAUUUGUGGUUGACUUGCUGCAAAACAACAUUUCCGCCUAAAAGUAGGCAAUAAGCGUUGCAAGAACAUGCUUUUAAGCGACAGAUAAAACGGUGUGGCUCACACUUUCUACCACACAAGUUUUGUAAGUUGGAACACAAUUGAAGGAGUUUGAACAUUUGGAAAACUCACCCAAAAACUAAUGCUAACGCUUGAAGCGGCAAACGAUCGUCAAAGCUUUUCAGAGAGAUAGAACAGUUACGUAUAGUACUACUUCCGCUAGUUGAAAUGUUGCUUCCAGGUACGGUGCUUCCAAAGCCAGUUUAGCUGCCGUAACAAGCAAGGCCCGCUCUGUCCAAAUCAAAUCAAUGUCUAGCUUACGCAAAACUAACAACAACUAAACCUUAGCCCAUCGGGAUCUGGAUCUGGACACACCAAACUGCAACACUGGUUGGUUGGUUGGUUGGAUACCUCCAAGGAAAAUAGUUCACUCCGCUUCCGAAAGCUUUUUAACUGAGCUUUUUUU